GGAAUUGAAAAUUGAGUAUGUUAAUGUUUUGCUAUCUCCUCUUUCAUAUCUAUGUACGUGUUAAAAUGUGUAAGACAGCAGACAAGACCUGAACAGAAAAAAAAAAAAACCUUGGAGAACACACCUUAACUGUAACAAGGAAGACUAUACAAAAGAAUCCAGCUUCUCUUGCUAGACCAGUUUUGAAAGAGCUGCUGUAGAGUGUCAGAAGGACAAAGAAAGAGGGAGGGAUAAGAAGAGUCUGGAUGAUAUACUGGAGCAGAGAGAAAGACUGAAGAUGGCUAGCUGAGGACGAUUGAUGCAGCUAAACGCAGGAAAUCCACUGUCUAUAUCUCAACUUGAGUGUUUUGAACCCUGCAUGUGUGUGUGGUUGGAUACGAAAUAUGUUAAUGCAGUAUCAUGAGCAACAGAGGAAGUGAUGCCACCCAGAUAAAGAUGAUCUGAAUACCCAUGGGAUGGAUGGAGGGAUGGAGAAACAGAAGGAGGCAGAAAAAGAUAAAGAAAGUGAUGCUGUGGAUGGGAUUGGGGGACAACGUGCAGAUGCACCGGUCAGCCACCAGACGGCAGCAGACAAUCAUAAAUACCACACUGUGGGUCAUCAGAAAAGGAAGCCGAAGUUGCGUCAAGUCGCUACAUUGGGUAAGGGAUCUCCAAACACAAAAUCUAGAGGAACUCCGAUUCAGGUGCUGUUCAACCAGGGAUCACCUGAAAAGACUCCCAUGCAGGAGGAGCGAGGCAGUGUUGGCGGAUGCCAGUCACAGGCGGAGGUGUUGAAACAGACUCUACAGACCUUCUCCCUGCCUGACAAGCUCAACUGGUGGGGAGAAGGAGACAAAGCUGAUGUCUUGGAGAACAGCUGGACUGAUAUAGUGCACUCUCACGAGUCAAUGCCAAGGAUCCAGAGGCACCAGCAGGAGGCACUGUGGGAGCUCCUCCAAACUGAGUUUAUCUACAUCAACAAACUCACCAUCAUCACUGAUCUUGUUCUCGGUGCACUGGGGCAUGUUCAACGACAGGGAUUUCUCCACGAGGUUACCCCUGCCCAGCUCUUUUCUAAUAUACCCUCCAUCCUUGAUGCCCAUAGGCGCUUCUGGUGGGAAGUGAUGUACCCCAUGUUGCAGAAUGUCAGAUUGACUGGCCAACCUUUUGACCCUUUAAAGCUUGAGCCAGGAUGUUUUCAGUUUGCUGACCGUUUCUCUGCAUAUUUGGAUUAUUGUUGGGAAGAGGAGAGAAAUCUGGAAUUCACACGCAGACAGCUGGAAAUAAACCCACACUUUAACAUUUUUCUUAUGUGGGUGGAGACUCAUCCCCAAUGUGGGCGAAUGCGGCUGGGCGACAUGCAGGCUCAGCCCCACCAGAGGAUCACAAAGUACCCCCUGCUUUUAAAGGCUAUCCUUAAGGCUACACAGGACCAAUAUACACAGCAAACACUCAACUGCAUGAUAAACAGCAUCAGUCAGUUUCUGGACAGCAUCAAUGACUACUUGCACUUUAAGGAUGCUGAGUUGGCACUCUUCGACCUGUCCCAAAAGAUAGAGGGAUAUGAUUUACAGGGGAUGAGUGAAGAAAUAAACAAGCACAUGCAGGAGUUCUGUCACUUCGAUUUAACUAGCCCUAUACGGGGAACAGGACCCAAGGUCAUACGCAGGCUGAUAAUGGGAGGGGCCCUGAAGAUUAGAGGAAGGAAGGACAGUAAGCUGGAGGUGGUGGUGCUGCUGUUUACUGAUGUGCUCCUGCUGACAAAAACUCAGAAGAAAUCAGAGAAGCAGAAGGUAGUGCGCCCCCCACUGUCCUUGGAGAGAAUACACUGUGCAGAACUCAAGGAUGGCUACUCUUUUGUCUUGGUGGAGGUGAGUGAUCUAGGCUGUCCUGUCAGUGUGUACAGUGUUUCUACUCCCAGCCCAGAGAGCUGUGUAGCAUGGAUCUCUAAUAUCCACCAAGCCCAGGAAGACUUGCAGUCGUUACGAAAAAAGGAGACAAUCAAACCCGAGGAGCCCAGCGAUCAGAUUCUAGAGGAGCCAGAUCCAUUUCCUCCUGCCAGUAUAGUGAACAUCAAGAACACAGAGGAACAGUCAGAGUAUAAAAGUCAUAUUGCUUCUCUCAGGUUUACAGCUAUAGAGAGAGAAGAGCAGAAUUUGCAUAACCAAGAUGUACGUGCACAUUUUCUGAGCAAAGAAAUGCAAAACAGAGACAAAGAAUCUAAUAACGAGUACAACGCAACACAAGAAACUGAAGGGAGAGAGAGAGAUAAAAAUGGACAUUGUGAAGACCAUAUUUUAUCUGGUCCUAUAAUUGAAAGACGGGUAACAUGGAAUCACAAACUGCAAUCACAUAAAAAUUCCAAUGCCUUUCCACGGCAAGACUCAUUAGAGGCCAACAAGUCCAAUGGUCCACAUCAUUUGUUAGUUGGUAGAUUAAGGGAAAAGAGUGCGCUAAGCCAGUCGUCACAGAAACCAGAUCUGCGGCAGGAUUCUUGGUCCCACCAAUCAGCUGAUGAAAAUGAGUCUCUCUCAGAAUCACGGACAUUCACAAGAAUAUUAAAGUCCCCGAAGUUACGAAGGAAACGUCCCAUGAAUUCUCAGCCGGCUGCUCCACCCCAGGGCUCCAGGAGAAUGUCAGCUGGGGAGGAAUCAUCAACAUCGUUUCCCAACAGGAAAUCCAACUCAGUCUCAGAUUCUGAUCAGAGCAAUAAUAUUUGCAGACCCUCCAAUACAUCCUCCAAAACCCAAGACCACCUGGUGCUUAAGUUGGGCUCUGUAAAGCAGAACCGAGGGGUGUUCUGGCAUGUUCCUACUGAGAGGUUAUCAGAGUCAGAGUCUGAACUGCAGGAAGAGACACCCAAUCAGAACUCUCAAAAAAUACCCAAAUUAAAAACCCAGAGGAGUGAAUCUUUGCCUGAGCUAGCGUCCUCCCCUCUGCAGGGUCUUCUGAAUAGGGUCAAGGAGCGGGAGAGGGAGCGUGGAAUAGCAAAAAGAGAGGGGAAGCAUUUAGAAAAGACUUCUCUUCAAAGUUCCAACACUGUCUGCGCUACUCCAUCACCUUCACCCAGUGAAGGAGAGAAAGAGGCAGCAGCAGAGGAGCGAGAGCUGGUCAGAUCAAGAUGGUUUGACUCUCAUACAGGGACGGAGACCAUCGUGGACAGCAGUGACAAUGACAGAAAAAACAGACCAGUCACUCCACUGGGUGUAAAUGUGGACUGGCCAGGCUGGUGCUUCGAUGAUGAGGAUGUGCUGGAGUUCACUGGGCUUGACGAUGAAACAGUAGACUGGGUUGAACAGACCCUGACUACGGCAGAUCUCCGGAAAACACCCAGGCAUAGCGAUGCAGAUUAUAGUGAGGUGUAAAGCUACAAACAUUUGAGAUGAUGAGAGAAACUGCUGCAAGCUGGAAUCUGUGAUCUGCACCACAGUGUGUAGUAAGGUGUAGCUACCUCAAGGGCAGAAUGUAGUAAAGCCCACUGCAGAAGCCUCUGCAUAGACUUUGUUCUCUUAUGUGUACAGUUACAGUGCCUGUAGAAAGUUUGUGAACCCUUUACAAUUUUCUUUACUUCUGCAUAAACUUGACCUAAAAUGUGAUGUUUGGUUGAAGUUACUGCUGCUCAAGGGGGUCACACCAGUUACUGAAAGCAAAGGUUCACAUACUUUUUCUAACAAAGAUAGUUACUAUUGGAUAAUUUUGCUCAGUAAAUUAACAUAAACACUAUGGGUCCCUGGGGGAUUAGUGGUUAGGAUACACCGCUGCAGCCUGGGUUCGAUUCCCACUGGGGUUGUGUGCUACAGUGCACUCUCAGUGCCAGUCCCAAGCAAAUAAAAUUGGGGAGGUUUGCAUCAGGAAGGGCAUCUGGUGUAAAAAUUGUGCCAAAUCAAAUACGCGGACCAAUGAUCUGCUGUAGCAACCCCUAAGGGGAGCAGCUGAAUAAGGAACAACAAAUAAAUAAAUAAAUAAAUGUAAAUAAAUUUUCUAUAGGCACUGUAAGUACUAAAGUUUGCAUAUGAUAAAAUGAGCAAGAAUUUAAUGUAUACUAAGAAUUCAUUUAUUUUGUCAGGAUUCACAGAUGUUCAUUUGUUAUCACAACUAACAAAAAAGGCCGAGGAGUGUAUGUUAUUAACUGUUGAGCAGUGGAGGCAAAAAUAAGUGACAUGGUGCAGUUUUAGUUGUACAAACUGAAUUUCCAGGCAAUGAACCCUCUCCUCAGAAUUUUACCCUUUUCAAUGAUCAGAUUAGACUACACAGCUUCUUUUUAUAGGCUGUGCUGUAGCCCUGCGUCCAGCCUUAGGAAAUGCAUGCUAAAAUAAAUUAGUCAAACAAGAUUCAGUAUACUAAAUCAAUAUAGUCCAAUUAUUUCUCUUUAAUUACCACUUCUAAUGGUAUAGCUGACUUCUGCCAUUCAUACGUUUCACAAAUGGACGCUUGGCUGCAAGUUGUUUCAGUAAUAUCAGUAUAUAACAUUUUUCAAUGCGGCUCGCAAGUAACUAAAAUUUUUUUGUUAUACAAUUAACAGUGCACUCAGACAUUAGCCUAAUGCUUUCCCAACAAAGGCACAUAAUAUGCUGUAAUAUUGUGCUGAAUACAGCAGCAAAAAUUAUACAGUUGCACAUAAUCUUACCCAAGUGGCUGUGCACUCAAGAUGGAAUCUAAAGAAUAUGAUGUAACUAUUGCUGAUAAAAAUGUAAGAAAUUUCAGUGGAAAAAGAAAUAGCCGGUUUCUUGUUCUGACUGUGAUGUGAAGAUAGUUUCUUAUAACUUGCCCACCUUUUGCCUUUAAGUGUCUCCAACUUCUUUUGCCCCACCCACUCAUUUUCCUCCACCCAGUUUUGUUCUAACUCUGUUAGAUUGCUUGGCCAGUCUUUACCCAUUCUUCUAGAAAUAUGUUAUAACUGUCAGAUUUUAUGCACCUCUUUCUUCAAAUUGGGUUUGAAGACUGAGAAAGUCAUUGUAAAGUGUUUUUCUAUUAGAUUUGUCUUAUGUUUUGGAAUGCUUUCUUGUAGCAGGAUACAGCACCUCAUUUUUAAGUCUUUUGUAGAUAAAUCCAGUAAUCAUGUGUGAUGGAAAUCUUUGCACUCGGUUAUAGAAGGUGCUUGUUAUAUGAUGUAACUAAUUAUGUUAAUAUGUAAAAAUGUAUAGAGUCAUGAGUGUGGAGUCAUGUAGUGUGAAUAGAGCAGACAAAAACAUCAGUGGAUAAGACUUUGCAGUCACAGUUAUCUGUCACUGAUUACCUUAAUAGAAUUUAUUAUUCCUAAUAUAUUUUUUGGAGCCUUUUUUGGAGGAAUUUUUUGUAAAGA